GCUCAUGGUUAGUCUCUUUAAAUUAAGUGUAAUAAGUGACUAUAAUCUAUGGGUUAGUCAGUUGCCGACACUCCUGCUGUGAGGAAGUAUUUCGCAUGAAGUGCUCUCAGUAAACAAAGUUUUUAAAAGUUAUAACAAAAAUAUCGAACUUUACCAUCCCAUAUUAUCUUAUCUUAGAUUAUUGUGGAUCUAUCGAUCAUGUGCAAUCGCAGCAACGUUCUCAUAGCAUUUUUGUGUAAAUGAGAAAGUAAGCUGCUCACAAGUUUAAUUUUUUGAACAAUAUAUUUAAUUUCGGUGAAAAUGCCUUCGGGACAACGUGAUACAGCGGUUUCUAUUCCUUUGACGCCUACACGAUCGGACUUGUAUUGGCGUAGGAUAUUUAAUAAGUACGACAAAGACAACGAUGGACGCAUAUCCUACGUCGAAUUAAAGAACAUAAUAGAAUCUCGGGAAUACGACCAUGAUUUACCCGAUAACGUGGUGGAUAAGAUCAUGUCGUUGGCGGACAGCGAUAACUCGGGAUACCUCGACUUCCAAGAGUUCGUUGCGAUGAUGCACAAUCCUGAUCUGAAGGCGGUUUUCGGGCAUUUCGUUGCGAGAUAUAUCCAUUCGAUUAUCCCUAACCGUGGCCCCGUCGAUACGACAGGAACACGGACAGGCUUCCGGCCAGUUUCUACUGCGGAUAGCGCCCAAACCCGUAGCAAAACUUACUUCACGUAUUCAGACGGGACAUACGAGGAGGAGUACAGCUGCUGGCCUCCCGCCAUCUGCAUGAUCUUCAUAUCCCUGGUGGAGAUCAUCUUCUUCGUUUACGAUGCCGUGCACGGGAACACGCAGGCCAACGGGCCCAUCGCCCAGAUAUUCAUCUACAAUCCUCACAAGAGACAGGAAGCGUGGCGUUUCCUGACGUACAUGUUGGUCCACGUUGGCGUAGUCCAUCUGCUAGUAAAUCUCCUGGUGCAGCUGUUCCUCGGUGUUCCUCUAGAGAUGGUGCAUCGAUGGUGGCGCGUGGUCCUGGUGUACCUGGCCGGCGUGGCGGCCGGCUCUCUGGCCACGAGCCUCACGGAUCCUAAAGUCUAUCUGGCCGGUGCUUCCGGAGGCGUUUACGCUUUGAUUGCAGCUCACAUCGCCACGAUCAUAAUGAACUGGUCAGAAAUGGAGUUCGCGAUCAUCCAGCUCUUGGUGUUUCUGCUGCUGGCGGCUGUGGACAUCGGCACCGCGGUGUACGACCGGUAUUGGCGGCACGUGGCCCAGAACAUCGGUUACGUGGCGCAUCUGGCCGGCGCUAUAGCAGGUCUGCUGGUUGGCAUUGGCGUAUUAAGGAAUCUGGAGAAGAGGAAGUGGGAGAGGCGCCUGUGGUGGGCGGCCAUACUCCUGUACUUCACGCUAAUGAUCGCUGGGGUACUCGCCAACAUAUUCUGGACGGAGAGGUUCGUGAUAUAAGACAAUACAAGCUUUAAUUCAACAACGAUAAGGACGAUUUUUGUAAUGUUAAUAGUUGUUACAUGUUCUCGUUUUUAUAAUUUUGAGUUUGUUAGUUUCGCGCGAGAAAUACGCGAUCGUUUAAGCGACUUUCGAUCAUGUGCCUUUUAAAAUUAAGGUCAGUUUGGUUCGGUGCACGACUUGCGGUGAAGGUAUCUUCCAGUGGACUUUCUUGUUUUACUUUUCUUCGGCAUUAUUUAUAAGGCCUAUUUUAUGAAAGUGUGGGUAGUCUUUAACUGCGCACGUGUUAUUACUAAGAGCAACGAUUGUACCGAACGCUCGCAUAGCGAUGUGAGUAUUUGUGGGGAAAAUGCAGCCGAAGUUACACCGCUAUUGUCGCGGACUGUACCAACAAAAACGAUUGAUUGAUGCUGAUUUUUGAAUUAUCGGGGGAAAAAAAUGAUUGAGCGAACUUUAUAAAAUAAAGAGUACAUUGUAUUGCAAUAAAACAUGAAUAGUAUAAUAUACUGUUGUUAGGACCUCUUGUGAGUCCGCACGGGUAGGUACCACCACCCUGCCUAUUUCUGUCGUCAGUAUGCUUCGGUUUGAUGGGCAGAUGUUGUGCUGUUAAAACUGAGAUUUGGAUAUUAUAUCACAAAGAGGCAGCGGAAUUUAUGUUGUUGAUAUCUAUGGACUUCGGUGACGAUUAUCACCCACUGGGUCGUGAGUGCGUCCUAUCUUCGAAAUUCAAUAGAACAUAUCGUCGCUUGAAAGGCAAACGUGACUAAGCGACAAUGCGUGAACUUUACAGUAGACUAAUAUUAAGUUGAAAUACCUGAAAAAAAUCUAUUUUAACGAAUCUAGCUGUAGGAUUGAAAUGAUUUUAGUAAACCUAGAAAUUUUUUUUUUUGCGCGUCGAUUAUGGUUAUUGCCUAUCAUUUAUAUAUAAAGCAGUUAUUGUCGCUUAGUCACGUUUGCCUUUCAAGCGUCGAUAUACACUUAAUGAUGAUUUUUUAUCUGAUGUUCAAAAAUCAGCCUAAAUGAGAUUUAAUGUAUUGAGAAGUUUCAAUCAUUGUUUCUUUGAUACAAAGAAGCGUAUUGCGCCGGUAGUCAGCCUAAGGAAAAAUUAACAAAAACUAUACAAUUUUAAUAGAGUAGCAGCUAUUUUUUUUAUUUUGUAAAUUUUAGCUUUAUCACAAUACCAAUGUACUUGUAAAUAUUUAUUUGAGCAUAAUAAUUGUAAUGUUAUUGUUAGAAUUUUCAGUGUUAAUUUUCUAUUUACGUACAUUAAUGAACAAAUGCCGUAAUCCGGUAUUUUUUUUGUUGCCAUAAACCUUUAAAAAUGUAUUAUAUAAUUAUUAUUAUUACAUAAGUGAAAAUGUACUAUUAUUAUUUUUUCUAAGGCAUACGCAUUUAUGUGAAAUUUUAAUUUAAACUAUGAAUUCUUAUAUUGAACUUCGAAUUUAGAAAGUGCCCUUACGGUUUUCGCGUUUAUAUUCAGUAUUGCCAGAUAGAAAAAUGUUUUAAAGAUUACCAUAUUCAAAUUUGAUGUUAGUUGAAAUGGAGUAUUAAUGUUUUUGAGAUCAAAGAGUGCCUUAAUAGGGAUGAAGUGAGAUAAAAAGUUUGUUCGGGAUAAUAGUAUAUUCAAUUGCACAAUUUGGAUAUGUCUAAUAACACGGAUGAUAAUGGUGUGGUGGGGACAUCUUGGGAAUGUAAGAGAAGGGAUCAAAAUAUUAAUCACUCACUGGGACAGUGUUGAUUUGGGGAUUUGAUUCGUUUUUUAUUAAGAGUAUGUGAGUAUUUGAGUUAAAGUACCAUAUUGGGUGAAUUAGAAAUAACCCAAAUUUUCGACUAGGGCCCUAAUUUUUUUUUCAAAAUAUCCAAGAAAACGGCAAAAGUUGUGUUCAAUUUUAGUGAAAAACUUCGAAAUUUACAAAAAGGAAAAAAUGUAGAGGAGAGAUAAAAAAAAAAAAAACUACCCGCAAAUUUUUUCUAUAAGAUUUUCGCAAUGCCUAAGUAGAUUUUAGCUCGUUUCUGGUAUCCAGUAAUAUAAAGUGCCUUAUCUGGGGUAUAUUCGUGCCUUAUUACAGUAUUUUUUAUGCAUUUACGAGAUUAAUUUUAAUGUGUAAUUUAUAAUUGUUGAAACAAUGGCGGUAGGGCGUCUUGUGAGUCCGCGCGGGUAUGCACCACCUUCUCGCCUGUUUCCCCCGCGUAGCAGUAAUGCGUUUCGGUUUGAAGGGUUUGGUAGUUGUUACACGAUCGAUAAUUCGACCUCACGUCUCAAGGUAGGUGACCGCACAGCUCCGGGAACUAUUUAAUACCAGUUAGACACGUUCACACGUAUUACUGCUGGUAGGACCUCUUGUGACUCCGCACGGGUAGGUACCACCAUCCUGCCUAUUUCUGCCGUGAAGCAGUGAUGCGUUUCAAGAGUGUGGCAGCCGUUGUAACUAUACUGAGACGUUAAAACUUAUAUCUCAAGGUGGGUGGCGGCAUUUACUUUGUAGACAGAUGUCUAUGGGCUCCAGUAACCACUUAACACCAAGUGGGCUGUGAGCUCGUUCACCCAUCUAUGCAAUAAAUAAAAACAUCGCUGUAAUUAGUGAUUAAAAAUAUAUCAUCACGCACAAAUUUAUGACGCUAUCUUUUUAAUUACGGAUAGUUCACUUAUUUUAAGACCUCACCUCGAGAAUUGCUUAGCCUCGACUGCAAACAUUGAAAUCAAUAAAAUUAAUAUCCUUGGUUACUUACUCUGAACAAUCGUUGUGAAAUAAUAAUAAAAAAAAUUAAAACAAAAAAAAACCUUCCAAUAGAAUAAUACUCUCUUUGUAAACGUAGGUGAAUAUUUGGAAUCAACCGAAGUCUCUGUGUAUACACAGAUGAGUUUGUCGGUAGCUUCUUGACUAUAGAAAAUUUUGAGUGAUGCUAGAUGGAUGAUAAGUUAGGGCUACUUGUAAAUUCUGGUGACUUAUCAUCGUUCGGGCCGUGAACAGUCUUCCACAUUUAUAGGAUUAAAACACAAACCAGACCAUAUCUUUCAGCUGUAGCUCUGUGAUAGGAUGAGAUGAUUUUAAUCUAUGUAAUUAUAUGUAAAAUUAAAUAUUAAAAUAUAAGUGGGUAGUUUGAGAAUAAUAUGUUGGAGUGAAUAUAAAAAAAACGAAUGUGUGUUUGUUUACGUUUGUCGUCUGCGCCUUAUUGCCGUAAAGUAUUUGUGGGUAGGUUCAGAGAAGAUUGUUGUCAUAGGACACGUCAGAAGAAGUUUUUACAAACCGGUGUAUUUUUCGUUUAGCUAUAGUCUGAGAGCAUUACAUCUGAAGCUUUCAAAAGGCAAUUUCAUGAUGAUGAUACUAUCACAUCGAAGGGUAAAGGCGGUUCAAGCGACAUUUCGCUUAACACGCAACAUUUAUCUUUGUAAUAAUUAAAGGUGCGUUUUAUUUGGUACUAGCGACCCGCCCUCGCUUCGCUUCGGAAACUGUAAUUUAUUAUUGAUUUCUCCACUAUUUAACGGAUGUUAUUAUACAUAUAAACCUUCCUCUUCAAUCAUUUUAUCUAUUAAAAAAAACCGCAUCAAAAUCCGUUGCGUAGUUUUAAAGAUUUAAACAUACAUAGGGAUAUAGGGACAGAGAAAGCGACUUUGUUUUAUACUAUGUAAUGAUUAGCAUCAACAGAAAGGAAAAUUUGUCUUAAAGUAUUGCAGUUUCAGGGGCCUGUUGCGGCUGCCUAUAUAUUUCCACCCUGAGUAUAUUUCAUCAUAGAUGGCGUGUCACUCAAAAUACGCAUAUUUAUUUAAUAAUUUCAAUAAUCAUUUGUACUGUGGGAAUACUUAGUUGCACCGAGCAGUUUCAAAGAAAUCACCACAAUUAGAACUUUCAAUAGUGAAUGUACUCUAAAAAAUGAAGGUAGUUGAAAAAAAAACCCUACUGAUUUAAGUUGUGAAUUAUAAAUUAUCAGUAUUUUUAUUUUUAAAUUAAUUAAAUUUUUAAUGCAAACAAUUAAAUACGUUUGGUUACUUAUUAUUAUAAUUUAUUAUUUAUCUAUUGAACAUUAACGAUGUGUGCUCUUAAGGAAUGCAGGAUAAAUAAAUUUACAAAUUCAUUAUUUAAGUACCUCUACCUGUGUGUGAAAUUGUUCAAAGCUUACAAUUCUCUGUAAAUAAAUGUGUUCAAUAUUUAAGAUAAGUGAUUAAUUAUUUUUAUACGGAAUAAAGAAAUGGGCCUUUGUUGUCUAAUUUGAACAUGUAUGAUGUUCUAUGCUAUUGAUUUAUUGUUAUUUAAAAAUGAGUGACAAUAACAGUGGAGUGUGUGCGAGUGGACCACAGAUUAACUUGAAUGUGAACGAGGAUAAAUGUGGGUUAUUUAAUCCAUUGACUGCUAUGUAGGUCACCGUUAUCAAUACGCCGGAAUAUCUAGUAGACUCUGGGAAAGACGAAUCCGAAGAUACCGAGUAUUAAUAUAUUUGUAAGAGAUCUAAAAGACUAAAUCUAUUUAUAUAUAUAAAAUAGAAUUGCUGUUCGUUAGUCUCGCUAAAACUCGAGAACGGCUGGACCGAUUUGGCUAAUUUUGGUCUUGAAUUAUUUGUGAAAGUCCAGAGAAGGUUUAAAAGGUAGAUGAAUAUGAAAAUGCUCGGUUAUUAAAUAAAAAUAACAAUUUAGUUUUUCCUUUGAUGUGUCCCCCGUCGGACGGAUUCCUUUUGUUUGUUUUAUGUUUAUUUUAUACAAAAGUUUAGGUCUUUUAUUUAUCGAUUGAGGCACUGCGAAGUCUGCCGGGUCAGCUAGUCAUAAUUAAAAAUGAAAGUAAGAAAAGUUGGGCAAUCCAAGCGCUUGGUGACAGAAAUCGACUUAAUUACUCAAGUGACAGUCAAAGGGUUAAAUAACCAACAUUUAUUAUUAACGUAUGUGUCUAAUCCAGUGAUUCUCAACCACUGUUCCGCGGCACUUUUGUGUGCCGCCAAAUUUCAAAAGUGUGCCGCCAAAUUUUGCGAAUAUUUAUAUUAAUGUUAAUAUUAUUAAAUUAUAUCAUUUUAAAAGAAAAAAUAUUUUAAACAUGUAUAUAUAUUUAAAUCCACAAAAAAAAAUUAUAGUAUAUUUUAGUUUAUUUCGUAUAUUAAAUUUUUUUGAUAAACUAUUUAUGCAGUGUGUUCUAGUAAGUAAAUAAUUUUUAUCUUUUUUUUUGUGUGCCGCCAAAUUUUGAAAUCGUUAAAUAUGUGCCGCAACAAAAAAAAAGUUGAGAAUCACUGGUCUAAUCUAUCAAACUAGUAAACACAUUACGGCCUUAAAAUUAGUCAUUAAAUAAACAAAAUGUUUAUACUCGUCUAAUUAGGACCUUAGAUUUUUGAAUUCCCUCAAAUCAUUAAGGGACCAAUUUAAGGAUCAAUAGCGAAGAACAAAAAGAAAUUACUGUUGUUCUGUAUUUCAAUUAAUUAAUGUUAAUGUUGGAAAACAAUAAUUUAUUAAUGGCAACCCCGUUGUUGCGCUCUGGCAACUACCUACUGUUAAUGUUUAGUUCCUGUUUAAUAUUUAAUAAUUAAAAUGUAAACGUACAGUGAUUGUGUUGUGAAAAUAUUUCAUUUUAAAUUCAAUUUGAAUAAAUACAUUUUAUUACA